AUGGCUACUAGAACACAAUUCGAAAACUCUAACGAAGUUGGUGUUUUUUCCAAGUUAACAAACUCUUACUGUCUUGUUGCAGUUGGUGGAUCUGAAAACUUCUACUCUGCUUUUGAAGCUGAAUUAGGAGAUGUUGUCCCAAUUGUUCACACAACCAUCUCAGGUACUCGUAUAGUCGGUAGAAUGACUGCAGGAAAUAGACGUGGAUUGUUGGUACCAACACAAACCACUGACCAGGAAUUAAUGCACUUGAGAAAUUCGUUACCAGACUCUGUGAAGAUUCAAAGAGUUGAAGAAAGAUUAUCCGCUUUGGGUAAUGUUAUCUGCUGUAACGACUACGUUGCAUUGGUACAUCCUGAUAUUGAAAGAGAAACUGAAGAACUUAUCGCAGAUGUUUUGGGAGUUGAAGUGUUCAGACAAACAAUUGCUGGUAAUGUAUUGGUUGGGUCUUACUGUGCUCUUUCAAACCAAGGUGGGUUAGUUCAUCCACAAACUUCCAUUCAAGAUCAAGAAGAAUUAUCUUCAUUAUUGCAAGUACCAUUAGUUGCUGGUACCGUCAACAGAGGUUCUUCUGUUGUGGGUGCUGGUUUAGUUGUCAACGAUUGGUUAUCAGUUGCCGGAUUAGACACCACUGCUCCAGAACUUUCAGUUGUAGAAUCUAUAUUCAGACUUCAAGAUGCUCAACCUGAAUCUAUUUCAGGUAACUUAAGAGAUACCUUAAUUGAAACUUACUCUUAA